UAAUAAUAAUAAUAAUAAUAAUAAAUAUUGUGUUUUUGCUGAUCUCAGUUGAAAUAGAGACGUACGUGUCACGCAGUAGUUUUCUAUUUGAAUAAACUCGCAAUAAGUAAACCUCAUCUUUUUAUAUUUUAGUAUUGAUAGUGCACCAUAAUAAACUACAUUUUCCUGUAGUAUAGGAUACUUUACUUUGCCUUAUUUUUUAUUGCGAAACUAACCAACCAAAAGGCCGAACAACUCAGUUUUAUUGACUCGAGUCAACACUCCUCACUCGAGUGACGUCAGCGAGUAACGUUGCCUUAGCAACCAGUGCCCCACCACCAGAAGGCCGGACCAAAUCGGCAAUGACUGACGUUCCGUGAGCAAAUCGAAUUACACUUUCCCAACCCUGAGCCCGCCAUCCCUAGGGCAUCAGCCAAUGAGAGCGCGGAGGCAGGGAACUGGGCUGGUUAUGUAUUUUACGGGGAGCGAAACUGAUGCUGAAGUGAAAUCUGCGCUUUAGCUGAGCUGCUCAAACAUAGGUGUUGCAUCUACUCUUGAGAAGCGACGGGCAGAGUUAUCCUCUCUUGGAUCCCUGCGGAGUGCUAUCGGUCUGCUUCACACUCCCGCAGUCUCUCUCUCUCGCUCUCUCCCGCAUCCUGGUGUGUCGUUUAGAGCAGGGAAGAGGAUGGCUGCAGAGACAGCCAUGCCCACAGAAAUGGAUGAUCUGCAGAGACGGGCAGAUCAGGUCACUGACGAGUCGUUGGAAAGCACUCGUCGGAUGAUGCAGUUAGUGGAAGAGAGCAAAGACGCUGGGAUCAGGACGCUGGUCAUGCUGGACGAGCAAGGAGAACAACUGGACCGCACGGAGGAGGGUCUGGAUCAGAUCAACCAGGACAUGAAGGAGGCCGAGAAGAACCUCACCGACAUGGCCCAGUGCUGCGGCCUCUGUGUGUGUCCCUGUGCCAAGCUGAAGGAUUUCGAGGCAAGCAGUGCUUAUAAGAAGGUGUGGGGGAACAGCCAGGAUGCUGUGGUCUCCAAUCAGCCUCCCUCCCGCGUGGUGGACGAGAGGGAGAAGAUGACCAUGAGCGGGGGACACAUCCGCAGGGUCACCAAUGACGCCCGGGAGGACGAGAUGGAUGAGAAUCUGGAGCAGGUGGGCAGUAUCCUGGGCAACCUGCGGAACAUGGCCCUGGACAUGGGCAACGAGAUCGACACCCAGAACAUUCAGAUCGACCGGAUCAUGGACAAGGCAACCGUCAAUAACAGCCGCAUCACAGAAGCGAAUCAGAGAGCCAACAAGCUGAUGUCAGCAUGAGAAAAACUCACCUGAUUCUCCCAUCACUGAGAGUGUCUUCCACACACACACACACUGAGACACACACACUGAGACACACACACACACACUGAGACACACACACACACACUGAGACACACACUCACACACUGAGACACACACACAGAGACACACUCAUACACACACACUGAGACACACUCAUACACACACUCACACACACUGAGACACACACACACACACUGAGACACAUUGAGACACACACACUGAGACACACACACUCACACACACUGAGACACACAGAGACACACUCAUACACACACACUGAGACACACACACACACUGAGACACACACACACACACACACUGAGACACACACUGAGACAGACACACUGAGACACACACACACUGAGACACACACUCACUCACACACACUCAAUCACUCACACACACUGAGACACACACUCACACACACACUGAGACACACACAGAGACACACUCAUACACACACACACACUGAGACAGACACACUGAGACACACACACACUCACACACACUCAAACACUCACACACACUGAGACACACACUGAGACAGACACACUGAGACACACACACACACACUCAAUCACUUACACACACACACACAGACACACACUCACACACUGAGACACACUCACUCACACACACACACUGAGACACACACUGAUGCACAUAAACACACUCACCCACACACACACACACACUGAGACACACACACACACACACACACUGAGACACACACUGAUGCACAUAAACACACACACCCACAUACACACUCACACACACACACACACACACACACACUGAGACACACUCACGCACCCACAUUAUUGCAUUGGCAUUAAAUAACACUACAACUAUGGCCAGAAGCUUUGCAUCACCCUCUACAUAACUAAUGUUGCUUCAAGAAGUCGAAUAAUGUCACGUUAGCAUAUUGAAUUACACACCUCCGCUUUGUAGUUUUCCAGAUACUUAACAAAAAACUGACAAAAAUUGAAAAAUGUGACAUUUCGAAAUCUAACAUGAAAUACUGUACUACUGUUAUGGCUUCUUGUAGACUUUUACAAUUAUCAUUUUGUAGUUUCUUUCAUUACAUAAUGUUAAAUAAAAGAUAAAUUAUGUUUUUUUUUUUCUCAAUUCUUCAAUUCUAGGUGAUGCAAAACUUUUGGCCAUAGCUGUUCAUCUAAAUUAUUUUAAUGAUAUUUUAAACUGGCACACAGCGCCUCCCUGUGGCCCUGUAGUCACGACUGUUUCUUGGAUAGUUUUUUCAUUAUCAUUAUUACAACACGCCACCAGGUGGGGGAAUGUUGGCAUUGCAAGCUUCUUAAUGUGUUUUGAAGAGUUUUCUGCACACUACUUAAGCUAGUAUUUUUUUAUAGAACCCCUUAAUUAUCUAUUAAAAAAAAAUGAUGAAAAGUUUUUAAUCUCAGCAGUGUGAAAGAACAGCGUUGUAUAAAGAAGUCCUGAAUCGGGCUCUUGAGGCAACAGGAGACUGACACUUUAAAUGGCUUUAAUUACAAGGGAAAUGCAUUGCAAUUAGACAGUACUGAACAUCCCUUAGCAAGUGAUCUUCAAUAGCAGACAGUGUAAGCUGCAAUGACAAUGGUUCUGUAGAGGGAUAAUAUUAGCUCAAAAAGCAGGCUACAAUGGUAAGGAAUGGCAUAGUAGAAUGAUGGCAUAGAGGAGGGAGUCUUCUCUGGGCUUUCAAUGUGUAAUAAACUGGACACUGUGGGCAUGUUAAGUAAGCGAGCCACUCAGAGCAGCUCAGAGAAAGAACCCACUUAACGGCACGCUCAAAAAACUCUCCAAGCGAGCAGCUGAGACUCGUACAGAGCAGAUUUCAGAGCUUUGAGUCGCUCGCUUACUUAAACGCACCCAGACUGUAAUGUUAAUCCAAUGUUAAAAAAAAAAAUUAAAUAAAUCCUGUGCGAUUUACAAAUCCGUCUCAGCUCUUGGAUUUACAUGCAAAUUUAAAAUUCAUUUGAAUGCAUAUUGUAAUAGACCAUCACAAAAGACAUGGCUCCGUGAGACAGGAAGUUUGACGGCCAAAAAUGAAAUAUUUUCUAUGGAAAUGAACUUUUAAAGGUCAUUUUUACAACAUGAAUUCCAUUGUUUAAUGCAAGUGAAACAGCGUGUUGUUUCGAAUGAUGAGAUGGGAUCCAUAUUCAACACAUCGUAUUAAAAAAAUGGAUACACAGAAACGUAAGAAUAUGGCAAAUAUAUGGUAGUUUCCGUUUUGUCCUUCAGCCCUUAUUGCAUCAUCAGAGAUGGAAGGAAGACUCCCGUUGCAUAGCAGUGUGAUCCAUUCCUGGUUUCACUAUGUUUAAUAAGACACACCUGAGCUUGUUGCCUAUACACACUGUGGCUAAUCAAGCUUGUAGUAAAACCUAGAAUGGAUGAAACUGCUACGCAGCAGGAGUCUUGUUUCAAUCCCUGCUUCAUCCACAUCUCCUGGUAAUUAUAGUGUUGUCAGCUACAUGUGCAAUUAUCACGUUUUUAGAAGAAAUUUACAAAAUCACUGCUGAGUAGGAGAGUGUUCUCUCUCUCUCUCUCUCUCUCUCUCUCUCUCUCUCUCUCUCUCUCUCUCUCUCUCUCUCUCUCUCUCUCUCUCUCUCUCUAUAUAUAUAUAUAUAUCUAACAAUUUCCAAACCUCUCUCCUCAUUAAAAAUUGUAUGUAUGUAUUUUAUGCUGAAUUGUAUUUAAUAGUUGUUUUUUUUAAUGGUUUCAUGCUGUGUAUCUGUAAUUUAUCGCUGAGCAUAUUUGACUGUCUGUACCCGUGCCUGUAUCCCACAAUAAUGCCGAGCCUGUAAAUGAAUAAACGGAUUAUGAACUUGAA